AUGGCCACCGCUGCCCCAGCGCGCACCUUUAGCUGGGGCCGUGCGAUGGGGUGGGGAAGUUUGGCUACUCUUGGAGGCUUGGCGGCAUUUAUUGGCUCGGACGAGCGACAUCGUCGUACCGCCAACUUUUGGAUGCGUGCUUUUCCCGUCUACAUGCACUAUCGGCUGGUGCAGCAGCUGGUGCAAAAAGACCCCGUGGAGGAACAGCAAUACUUGGAUGUGUUGGAAACGCUGCAGGAUCAGGUCCCUGCGGAGCCAUUCGAGUACGUGCGAGGUGUCAUCGAGGGGUCGCUGCAGAGGCCUCUUGAGGAGGUUUUUGCCUGGGUCGACCAGCAACCCCUGGGUGCAGCUAGCAUUGGCCAGGUGCAUCGUGCACGCUUGCACGAUGGGCGCGAGGUGGUGAUCAAGGUCAAGUUUCCCGCGGUCGAGGCCAACUUUGAUACAGACAUGCGCACCAUCACACAGUUUUGCGAACUCGCGCAGCCCGAGCAAGUUCAUUUUCUCAAGGAACUGCACGAUCAAUUCUUGACCGAGUUUGAUUAUCGACAGGAGGCAGCCAAUCUGCGCCAAGUCUGGUCCAACCUCCGUCCUGAAUUUGAGAACGAGAGCUUUGGACAGAACGGUUGCUUGUUGCUUUGCGCAAGCUACGCACCAUGUAUGCACUUACGAGGCUGGGUACAGGAUUUUUACCGCAAUGUGGCUGCUUCGCGGGGCACAACGCUGGAGGCGAUGGAGGCCGAGCAGCAGCAGCGCUUAGCGCAGGGUGUGAUGGAAUCGGGACCUUCAGACGCCGAGAUGCGGCGAGCCAUCUGGAUGGUGCGAUCCUACGCCGGCCUCAUCAAUUCGGGGCGCUGGCGGGAGCUGGCCCUGUUGAUGAAGGCAAUUUAUGACGAUGACGAAGCUGCAAUCAUUGCAACGCACAAGGCCAUAGGGUUUGCUUCGGCUCGUGACGAUCCCUUUGUCAACGUGAUGGCUGCCAUCAUUGCCUUUGAUCGCGACGACCGCGUGACCUGUCAGGGUCAGAAUCUGCAGUACGAUCAAUCGGCGCAGACGUUUUCCCCGGCGGGACGCGUUUUCCAGGUCGAAUACGCCGGCAAGGCCGUCGACAAUGCCAGCACCGUUCUGGCCCUGCGUGGCAGUGAUGGCGUCGUUUUUGCUUGCGAGAACACCAUCCUCUCAGAGUUGUAUGAGAAGAAUACCAUCCGUCGUACCUUCUCCGUAGACCGACACAUUGGCGCCGCAUUUGCGGGUCUGCUGGCUGAUGGCCGCUCGAUUGUGCAAGAAGCGCGCUCCCAGGCCCUCAAGUACAAGCAAACCUGGGGCAGCCCCGUGCCUGUGAAGAAGCUCAAUGACGAGCUCUCUGGUUACAUCCACCAGUUCACACUUUAUGGCGCUGCCCGCCCUGCGGGUUGCAGUGUCCUCCUGGGCGCCUACGACGCCCUUGAAGGCCCCGCGCUCUACAUGGUUGAGCCAUCGGGCGUGUCUUGGGGCUACUACGGAGCCGCUCUGGGCAAGAACAAGACGGCAGCCAACGCUGAAAUCGAGAAGCUCAAGCCAUCUGACAAGCCCGUUCGCGAACUCGUUAAGGAGGCUGCCCGCAUCAUUUACGCAACGCACGAUGAGACCAAAGAUAAGGCCUUUGAGUUGGAAAUGUCCUGGGUGUGCGCAGGUUCGAUGGCCGUCUCCUUUUCUUUUCCUUCGGCCCAGAUAUCUGCCCUGUUCCCCGGCGCCCUCACAGCUUACACCUCGGUCACGUGCGCCAUUGCAGAAACCAAUGGCCAGCACAGCCACGUACCUGAUGCUAUCCUCCAGGAGGCUGAGGCUUAUGCUCAGGCCAAGAUGGACGAAGACUCGGACGACGAUGAUGACGAGUAG